UAGUCCUUAGUGGGCAGGAAGAGGUAUGAAAUUGGCAGUUUGUUAUGUGUAGUGUAGCAUGUUAACAAAUCCGCCUUUGUGGUCCCUUUCUCCUCAAUGUAACAUGCAGAGACGUAUAAAAAGCCUUUGGAGGUACAAACCCAAUAAUAUCUCAAUUUGAUAUUGAAUAAGCUGAUUUAGGGCAUUUCUUGCCAUUUCCAGGCAUUAUACACUAUACAAACCGCGCAACUCAUUUCGAUUCUUUUGUGCGAGCUGCAAAAAAGCUGUUUGAGGGAUGGAAACAUGUGAGUUGUAUGUGCAAAUUAUAUCAUUACAACCUGGAAAGAACACAAAUAGUUUUUAUAUAGAAUAUCUGACACCAUAGAAGUAAAUUAAAUCAAGUUUUUCCAUAAAUUAAGGAGCUCUCUUGAUGGCUUGAGCUAAAUCGGUCAUACUAUCAAGUGUUGUAAACGUACACGCUGUCUGGUUGUUUUGAGCUUUGCUAACGGAUUAUUUUAUCCAAAGGAAGACAUUAUAAAAUGAUUUGCUUAGUAGCUCAUGAGGGCUUUAUUUUGAAAAGGCGUGGCGGAAGAGGGGUCGUUUGCUGCCGCGCGGCUCUGCGCUCCUGAAGGAGAGGACUCCUCUCUCAGUGGAUCACAAGCGGUGAGCGCUCUGUGCUCCUCAUGGACCACCGCUAGCAUCGGAUGACUACCCAAGUUUCCUCUCGUGAUGCUUCCAGUUGUGUAGAGCUCGGCUUGAUUACGGGCUCGCGACGUUCAGCUCAAAACAGACGAUCUCCCCCCAGUACUGUCCUCCGGUCCUCCGGUCCUCCGGUCCUCCGGUCCUCGGUAACGUUAAGGCUCCUACUGAACCCCCUUUGGACUAUAAAAACAGCCUAUGAAACAUUUCCUGCUUCGCCAAGAUGGGGAACGGACAAUCGGAUCACUCCUUCUUCCCAUGCCUGCCGUCCUUUCAGGCGCUCCACAUUGUCAUUCUAGGACUGGACUGUGCAGGCAAGACCACUGUCCUGUACCGCCUCCGGUUCAAUGAGUUUGUAAACACCGUUCCAACUAAGGGUUUUAACACAGAAAGAAUCAAGAUGUCCCUUGGAGUCUGCCGGCGGACAGCAUCCUUCCACUUCUGGGAUGUAGGCGGUCAGGAGAAGCUGCGUCCCUUGUGGCGCUCUUACACAAGAUGUGCUGAUGGCAUCGUGUUUGUAGUAGACUCUGUGGACGCUGAGCGCGUCGAGGAGGCCAAGACAGAGCUGCACAAGAUCACACGGUUGACCGCUAACCAGGGAGUGCCAGUUCUGGUGGUGGCUAACAAACAGGACCUGAGGAACUCACUCAGCAUGGCUGAGAUGGAGAGCAUGUUAGCUCUAGGUGAGCUCAGCCGCGCUACAGACUGGUACCUUCUGCCUACUUGUGCUAUCAUUGGUGAGGGUCUGCAGGAAGGUCUGGAGAAGCUGUAUGCCAUGAUCAUGAAGAGGAGAAAGAUGCUGCGGCAACAGAAGAAGAAGAGAUGAUGUGCGAAUGAAGGGAAUUAUAAAAUAGGAGCUGAAUCUGUAGUUUACAGAUCUACUGUAAGCUGCGUGCAGUUUGGUGAUCAGGUUUCUAGUCUGAUUGUGGGAGCCUUACAGCAGCCAACCUGAAGAAACAGUUACACUGCAUGGGUCAAACUCAGCCAGAGGACAGUGGUAUUGAUUUCGGUCUGUGGACUUUGGAUGCCAACGAUCUCGUCAGCAACAGUCAAUCACCAAGAAAUUCCAGUAUUAUGCUGCCCCACAGAAAGCUAUGAAUAAGCUUAGAUUUCUCUGUUUAUGUUCAUGUGUCCCUCCCCUUGGAACCAACGCUUCAAAUGUUAGUAGAGGGACAAUUGCUUUGUAUCAACGUUGCACAGUGUGGUCAAAGCGUUUACAUAAAGAGUAAACUUCACUAAGAACAGGAUGUAGAUUGUUCCUCUGCACCAGAUUUGCCGUUUGCAGUAAAUAAUGCACAACCUCUGCUCCAAUGUACCGGUAUAAUGAAAAGUAUCAGUCAUUCAUUUCUAUAUAAAAAUCUUAAAUUAUUGGUCAUUUAUAUAUUUACUGAUAUUAGCCAAUUGCAGAUUUGUCUGUGUUAUUUCUCAGUUCUUGAGUAAUAAAAACUAUCUAAAAAAAAGAUAUGAUUGAGGUAACUUGGGGAAACAUAGAUGAUAAUCACUUCAUAAUAAACAUUUUAUCUGAUACAUCAACUAAGUUACUAUAUCUCAGAUGCUGAUUGCCGUGAAGCUUAAUUAGUGUGGAGAUAGCUGAUUAGGGUUGGUUUAAGUACGGUCGCUUGCUAGCACAGCUAGGAAUCAUUUUAAAUACUGCAAUCUAAAUGAUCCUUUUUUAAUACCUUACCUGAAGGAGUACAAUCAUGGUGUUGAACCUUGUUCAGUCGACAAAAGACACCAAUAUGUUCAAAUAUUAACUAUCUAAAUGGAAACUACUUUUUGUGCAAACAAGAUGACGUUUGACCAGACAUUCAAACUUCAAACUGCAGAAACAGUUCUUUGGAAGCUACCGUUACUUCACUGGCCCACAUGGGAAGCUAACUUGAUUAGAUUUGGUAACAGAUUUUUCUAGGACAAAGAUCUCUUAAUGGCCUGGUGUGGAGUUAGCUGGUUAACAAGAUUUAAAUAGGGUUUUAAAUGCAUCAGGCGAUCUUUUUGUAUGUCGGAGGCUAAGCUACAAUGAACAGUGAUACACCAGAGUUUUGACUACUUUCCUGGACCUCUUCCGGUUCCCUGUGUACCAAUAUAGCAGCUAGCAGGGUAAAGAUGAGGGAAUGUUGAAGCAAAUCAUACACUAUGAACUGUAUUCUUUCUGUAUGGUACAGAAGAAUAUGUAAAGAGAUUUGUAUUGAUGCCCCCAACCCAGUGAGCCAAGUUAUUAGAACAUUCAAAUGAUUGUCGUGGGUCUAUUCAGUGAAGCAAGCGGCAAGUGGGACACAUGGUCCAAAACCUCCCAUUAAACUAACAAAUAAGGUGGUGUUAAAUGGGUCAGAUGACAUAGAUAUUCCACUAAUGAUUGGUCAGGAUGGGACAUCAUGUUCUGAUUUCCUAAUUAAAUGUUGGGCAAUAAUUCAUUCCUCCAAACAGAACAGAACAUCUGUAGAUUAAAAUAAAAUAAAAAUAAUAGAGAUAAUAAACCUCAAGACGA